GAAAAAUUAAGUAUUUCUUGAUACGUUUUAUAUUAUAAUAAAAAUUUAAUUAUGUACACCGACGAAAAUUCCGAUAAAGAAUGUGAAUUUGACGAAAUUAGUCCCGAAGACAGUCCGAAUGUUACAAAGAAAUCAUUAUCUACCGUUGGCUUUAGAAAUACUAUGGAGAAUCAAGCGCGGCCGAUGGCUCUAAGAGCCACUCAGUCUUUCACGGGGGCAGUGGAGGAGUUACGGCUUGGCUCAAAUUUCCAGCGAGUAAACCUUUCAAAUAGAGUUACACCCAUCUCCAAGUCAACACCUGUAUGCCCUUGUGGAUGCCUUUUACGGCCAGCUGUAAGAGGCCCUUUCCGGACUAGAGAAAUAAAUACCUUAGCACUUCUCGUUGUUGCACCGGAAGUUCUAAACCAUCAUGGCUACAAUUUCGAACCGAAUCAAAUCGCAAUGUUCUGGAAGAAAGAUUGCAGGAAAUUUCUUUGGAAGGGGAAAUCAAAAACAUAUUGACUUUUUAUUUUUUGGAGUUUAUUUAAAAUAAAUAUCUAUUAAGACCAACAAUAUCUACAUCUACUGUAAUGU